CUGGGCCGGAGCAUCUCGGCGCUGGGGUCACGACGCUGGCCUGUCCUGGCUCGGGGUGCCCUCGCGGCGGCUGCCCGGUCCUGCUUCCGUGGCCGGGGCCUGGCUGAGGCCGAGUGCGCGCGGCCCUCGCCCUCGAGCUGAAGCUAGGAAGUGAUGACGCAGCCGAUGCUGCCUGAGGCGUGAACCCAACCUGAGGAAGCGCAUCUGAGAGAACCCUGUCUGUCUGCAUUAUCAACUUGAAUUCCUCUGGUUAUUCCGGGAUGGAGAAUCUUUGGCAGUGUUAAUGUAUUACCAUCGACUUAGGAGAUGGCUUCUUUGCAAAGGAAAGGGCCGCAGGCUAGGAUCCUCAGCUCUGAAGAAGAGGAGAAACUGAAAAGAGACCAAGCUUUAGUGUCUGAUUUUAAACAGCAAAAACUGGAAAAAGAGGCUCAGAAGAACUGGGACCUUUUUUACAAAAGAAAUAGUACUAAUUUCUUCAAGGAUAGACACUGGACCACCAGAGAGUUUGAGGAGCUCAGAGCAUGUAGAGAGUUUGAAGAUCAAAAUCUGACUAUGCUUGAAGCUGGCUGCGGGGUUGGGAACUGUUUAUUUCCACUUUUAGAAGAAGAUCCGAAUAUCUUUGCCUAUGCCUGUGAUUUUUCUCCAAGGGCAGUUGAGUAUGUCAAGCAAAAUCCUUUAUAUGACACUGAAAGAUGCAAGGUAUUUCAAUGUGAUCUAACUAAAGAUGACCUUCUGGAACAUGUGCCCCCAGAGUCUGUGGAUGUUGUCAUGUUGAUAUUUGUGCUCUCUGCUGUUCACCCUGAUAAGAUGCGCCUUGUCUUACAAAACAUCUACAAGGUGUUAAAACCAGGCAAAAGUGUCUUGUUUCGUGACUAUGGGCUAUAUGAUCAUGCCAUGCUUAGGUUUAAAGCUGGCAGCAAACUUGGAGAAAACUUCUACGUUAGACAAGAUGGAACCAGAUCGUAUUUUUUUACUGAUGAAUUCCUAGCUCAGCUCUUUAUGGACACAGGUUAUGAAGAAGUGGUGAAUGAGUAUGUGUUUCGUGAGACAGUGAAUAAAAAAGAAGGCCUGUGUGUGCCGAGAGUCUUCCUUCAGAGCAAAUUCCGGAAGUCUCCAAAGAACCCACCUCCUGUGACCCCGGGCCUGGGUCACAGGUCCUGACCUUUCACGAGGUUGACGUUUGUGCCUCUCCUUGAAGAAAAAGUUUAAAGCCACUAUUUUGUA